AUGCAGCGGCCGGGGGAGCCGGGCGCAGCGCGCUUCGGGCCGCCCGAGGGCUGCGCCGACCACCGGCCGCACCGCUACCGCAGCUUCAUGAUCGAGGAAAUCCUCACUGAGCCUCCGGGGCCCAAGGGCGCCGCUCCCGCCGCCGCCGCCGCCGCCGCGGGCGAGCUGCUCAAGUUCGGCGUGCAGGCGCUACUGGCGGCGCGGCCCUUCCACAGCCACCUGGCCGUGCUGAAGGCCGAGCAGGCGGCGGUGUUUAAGUUCCCGCUGGCGCCGCUCGGCUGCUCCGGACUGGGCUCGGCGCUGCUGGCCGCGGGGCCUGGGCUCCCCGGCGCGGCGGCCGCUCCGCACCUGCCGCUGGAGCUGCAGCUCCGCGGGAAGCUGGAGGCGCCAGGCGCUGGGGAGCCGGGCACCAAGGCCAAGAAGGGGCGUCGGAGCCGCACCGUGUUCACCGAGCUGCAGCUGAUGGGCCUAGAGAAACGCUUUGAGAAGCAGAAGUACCUCUCCACGCCGGACAGAAUAGAUCUCGCCGAGUCCCUGGGUCUGAGCCAGUUGCAGGUUAAGACGUGGUACCAGAAUCGAAGGAUGAAGUGGAAGAAAAUAGUGCUACAGGGCGGCGGCCUGGAGUCUCCCACCAAGCCCAAGGGGAGGCCAAAGAAGAAUUCCAUCCCCACGAGCGAACAGCUGACGGAGCAGGAGCGCGCCAAGGAGGCGGAGAAGACGGCGGAGGCGCCAGGCGAGGCCAGCGACCGGAGCCACGAGGACUGA